AUGGCACCAAUUCGGAUUGCAUUCAUCGGUCUCUCAGCGACUGGUCGGUGGGCAGCUCGUGCUCACUUACCAUACCUCCAGAAGUCUUCGAAGUACCAGAUCACGGGGAUCUGCAAUUCCAGCAAGGAGACGGGUGAGGCAGCAAUCAAAUUCUAUGAGCUGCCAUCUUCGGUCAAGGCAUACGGUUCGGUUCAAGAGCUUGCCGAUGAUGCUGACUCUUUCGACCUUGCGGUCUGUGCUGUCAGAGUAGACAAGCACUUCGAUGCCGUCAAACCUAUCAUCGCCAAAGGAAAACAAUGUUUCGUCGAAUGGCCGCUCGGGAAGAAUCUCCAGGAAGCAGAGGAGCUCCAAGCCAUCGCACUAAAAUCGGGCAACCCACGAACACUGGUCGGCGUGCAAGCUCGACGAUCGCCCGUCGUCAACAAAGUCAAGCAGCUCAUCGCCGACAACAUCAUCGGCAAAGUCCUCAGCGUCACAAUCAGAGGUGCCGCGGGCAUGUCUGGAGCCGUCGAAGAGGAAGAACUUGGCAGACUCUUGAACGAUAAGAAGAUCGGAGCUUCGGUUUUCAGCAUCCAUUUCGGACACAUGAUUGACUUUGUCUUGUAUGCUUUGGGCCAGGAUGUCAAAUCUUUGAAUGCCACUGUCAGUACGCAGAGGCCAACUAGCCAGCUCAAGCUCGCGGAUGGUUCGCUGGAGGAAGUCAAGCGCGAGACGCCAGAUCAUGUUUUGCUGCAAGGAAAGUUGGCAAAUGGCGCCCUCAUUGAUGCCGCUCUUCGCGGCGGACCAGCUUUCAAAGAUACACCAGGCUUCGUUUGGAAUAUCUACGGCGAGAAGGGUGAAAUCGAAGUCAGCGCUCCGGGGGUUGUGCUCAACGUCGGUUUCGGCCCUGCGGUUUCUGUGAAGCUUCAUGAUCACCAGAAGGAUACUGUAGAAGUCGUGGACUGGAAAGUCGACGACGAGAAUGAGAAGCUGCCUAUCCCUUCACAAAAUGUUGGGAGGCUGUAUGAGGCUUUCGCGGAGGGGAAGAAGCAGGAGUACGCGGACUGGGAGGAGGCCGUGGAGAGACAUAGGUUGUUGGAGAAGAUGGUAGAGAACACGACCAAAGCGUGA